CGAGCGAGAGGAGCAGCCACAAGUACGGGACACGCUCGCGCCGCUCGCUCGUCGCUCGGUCUGGCUCGGUCCCGCAGUCCGUGUCAGUGUCGUCUCGUCAGAAUCGCCGCGAGUCAUCCGCGGAGCAUCCGGCUCGGCUGUCGGCCACACUGGCCACAGUCGCAAAGUGACCGAGGCAGAGAGAGAGAGAGAGAGAGAGAGAGAGAGAGAAAACGAAAAGGAGCAAGAUAAAUGGGAUGCGGUAUCGCGCGCGAUUCCGGCGUUGCAUCCCGUGUCCGUGGCUCCGCGGGGACGUUUUCGUGGCCGCGGCCGCGUCCCGCUGAGAUAUGCGCGGUGUGCCGAUCUAUCGCUCCGCAGUGUGUGUGCGCGGGUUAACCUCAAGUAUUGCGCGAGUGCUCGCCGUCGCCGCGCGCCAGGUAGAGUGCGAGGUGCGAAUAAUAAAGGGGAAAGGCGAGGACGAGUGUAUGUUCGGAUAGGAGCAGCCGUAGCAGCAGCAACAGCAGCAGCAGCAGCAGGAAGGAGGGAAAGAUCCGUGUAUCAGCGCACGCGGGCACGCGUUCACGUACGUCCGUCAAGAUGUCGUCGUCCGGACACAGCAGCCGCACUCGCGCCGUCCACAUCGGCUCGAUCUUCCAAAAGCUGCACGGCCGCUUCGCGGACGCGAUGACGCCGCCUAAGCUCUCGACCGACAAGCGUACGCUCGACAAGACCUGGAAGCUGAUGGACAAGGUGGUGAAGCUCUGCCAACAUCAGCGUAUGAACCUCAAGAACUCGCCGCCGUUUAUCCUCGACAUCCUGCCGGACACGUAUCAGCGGCUUAGGCUCAUCUACAGCAAGUACGAGGACCGUAUGCAGGUGCUGCACAGCAACGAGCACUUCUGCGUCUUCAUCAACAACCUGAUGCGUAAGUGCAAGCAGGCGAUCAAGCUGUUCAAGGAGGGCAAGGAGAAGAUGUUCGACGAGACGUCGCACUAUCGCCGUAACCUCACCAAACUCAGCCUCGUGUUCAGCCACAUGCUGUCCGAGCUGAAGGCCAUAUUUCCCAAUGGGGUGUUCGCCGGCGAUCAGUUUCGCAUCACCAAGGCGGACGCGGCUGAAUUUUGGAAGGAGCGCUUCGGAAACAGUACAUUGGUACCGUGGAAGGUAUUCAGACACGAACUGAAUCAGGUUCAUCCGAUCAGCUCGGGACUGCAAGCGAUGGCACUGAAAUCCACGAUAGAUUUGACGUGCAACGAUUAUAUAUCCAACUUUGAAUUCGACGUAUUUACAAGGCUAUUUCAACCGUGGUCGACUCUCCUGCGCAACUGGAAAAUUCUGGCUGUGACGCAUCCUGGCUACGUGGCUUUCCUUACGUACGACGAGGUGAAAGCCCGUUUGCAAAAAUAUUGCAUUACCAAGCCUGGAAGCUAUGUAUUUCGGUUAAGUUGCACGAGGCUGGGACAAUGGGCAAUUGGUUACGUCACGUCUGACGGUGAUAUUCUACAAACUAUACCGCACAAUAAGAGUCUAUGCCAAGCGUUACUGGACGGCUACCGGGAAGGCUUAUCGAUUUGCAGCUACUUGUAUCCGGACGGCCGAAAUAUAAAUCCGGACUUGACAUGGGCGGUGCAGCCAACGCCGGAGGAGCAUAUCAAAGUGACGGCGGAACAGUACGAAUUAUAUUGCGAGAUGGGUAGCACAUUCCAACUGUGUAAGAUUUGCGCCGAGCAUGACAAGGAUGUAAGGAUAGAACCCUGCGGCCACCUUCUCUGUACUCCAUGCCUCACAGCUUGGCAGGUAGAUUCCGAAGGACAGGGUUGUCCGUUUUGUCGAGCUGAAAUUAAAGGCACCGAGCAGAUCGUCGUAGAUCCGUUCGACCCGCGAAGAACGCACAGACCCGGGGCGCAUUCGGCGUCUGCUAGUAACGCAUCGACCCCCACGCGGGAUCUCGACCCCGACACCGAGGAUAUAAUGGAGUUGUGCAAUGGCAAUUGUGGUCUCAUAUGUCACGAUGACUCAGAUGAGGAAGAUGAUUCUAGUCCUACGAAUUCGCCAGUGCCACCGCGGAGGAUCGUUCCGAGUCCGCCUUUACCACCUAGGAGACCCUCACCAUCGCCCACACCGAACAAUCACCUCAGGAACGGACGUCAUCUGACAGUUCCGAAGGAAAAUGCGCCGCCACCGCCGUCAUCGGUUACAGUAAUAUUAAAUUAUACCGACAACACUCAGCAAAAUAAUAAAGUUAACACGGAGGCGAGAUACGACAUGCUGCAUCGUGCGUCCUCGCCGUCGUCGGUGCCGCCAAUACCGCCCGUGCCACCGACGACGGUGGUGAGGGUUCAUCCACGCCGGCCCCACGGAAAUCACGCGACGGGUACACCACAGCGACAGCCGCAGCCGCCGCCGACAUUGCCGGAGAAGGCGUCUCGCGCCUCCGCGACCAGCUCGACGACGAGUCAAACCGGGGGUCCGAGUAACAAUGUGCCCCCGGUACCACCACCUUUGUCGGCGCCGCGGCCGCCGAAAGCUAGCAAAGAGAGUGGCACCCGUCAGGACCAUCACUACGAGAACACGAUCGUGAUAUGCGGCACGAGUCAGCACGUCGUGAAGAACAUCAACCUAGAGGCAAACAGGGCACGUCUCACGGCACUGAUGAGGGCGAGGGAUGAUCCGGGUGGCGGUGGCGGCGGCGGUGGCGGAGCGGUGACCAAACCGGAGUCGGCGGCGUAUGAGAACGUCAACGUCGAGCAUAUCACGAGGCUGACGGCGCUCGGUUUCGCGCAGGAUGCUGUGAUCAGGGCGCUCGGCAUCACCAGGAACGAUCUCGAGAUGGCGUGUGAUAUAUUGCACGAGUUUGCCACGAAAUCUUCCUGACCAGGUACAAAUAAACGGCAUCAGUCGCAACGAAUGUGUUGGCGAAUACGAAGCGCUAUGAACGGCAUACGUUCAAGCCGUGAAGAGUGAAUCUCGGAAAAGUACUUCCCUUUCGGGCUCUCGAAUACCUUAACUCGGCUUAUGCUGAAUGGCGAACCACUCCGCUUGGAUGACGAGUAUAAUCCGAAUAAAUCAAUUUAUGUCGGUGUCGUCCCUCGCGCUUCGUGUAUCACGCAUCUAAAAUAUCAGAUUGUUUAUUACAAUACAAGACCGAAAAUAAUUACAAUUAAAAAAAAUACAUAUGAUUGAUCUAAUCGCAGGGCCGAACACCGAGGUCUCAUGACCGGCCUUACCUGCCAGACGGUACUUUUGACAGGGAAUACGCGCAAACUCCUGCAAGUCUCAUCUCUGAUGCUUUCGCAGACAAUCCGCGCGUUUUCGCCGAACGUCUCCUCACGUUAGUGCGAUAUCGUCGGUGUUCCAUUUUACGUCUUAAAACGAGUGGAAAAGACACACGCUUGCAAACGGAUAGUGAGCGUUGAAAGAGUCAUCGUGGAGAACCGUAGAGAAAUUCCGAAAUGGGUCUUCGAAACAUCGUGCAUCGUUCACGGAUUUCUCCUCGUUGCAUGCCCGAGUUUCGGGCGGCCUUUAACGAGGCUCCAGACGCUCUCGUUUCUCGACGCAUAGGAAAGACUGUUCGCACCGCGUGAUUUCGCGGCGAUGUAAAUAAAAAGCGACGACCGACCAAAGACAAAACUUGCGGCUGCCGAAGUAUUUCUUCACGAAUCACACAUGUAGCACGAGAGAGCAGAAUAGCGUGUCCCAUACUUUCCUCAUAGUAAUCUCCCUACCGGGCGUAGUCACUACUUCGUUCCUCGAUAUACUUAAGAUAAAGAUUAAUUGUAUAUUUGCGCAAAGAGAUUUCUCUUGCACGUACAUACGUGGAAACGCUCCUCGAAUGUCUUCGGUCGUUCGUUUUCCACAUUUUGUAUUAUAUAGAGCGUAUCUCUCACGACACAACGAACGCGCGGUCGAUGUCGCGUUGUUCCGGGAUCGAAAAUGUGUUUAGAAAAUUACGCAUUCAAUCGAAGGCAAUACAAUGUUCUACCCGUUUAACCGACGUAACGAACAUAUACAUCCGUUUAAGAUAUAUUCUACAUAGAGCAUUGGUUCGCUAGAGAUCACUUCGCUAUAUGAAUGUAUAACGAUAGUACUGAAAGUAUGUUAGACGAAAAAUGCCUGGCAUCUAAUUUUGUAAUCCCUAAUCUAUACCGUUCUUUCAUCAAAGUAGUUAUAUAUAUAUGUAUAUCGCUAUUUAAUGUAUUAGUAAUAUAUUAUGUAUAAUGUCCUCCACACACGUUAGUGCUGCGUGGUUUACACGCACGCAAGAUACCUCGGAGAGGAUAAAUGCGACAAAAUAACGAUUCAGGUGUAUAAAAUUGUUAAUCCACAUUCGUGAUUUCUGAUCCUAGCUGAGAGAACUACGUCGAGGCACGAUAGCCUUAGAGAGUAAUGCGCACAAGAUUUGGCACCUCUUAGAACCGAAUCUACGCGGAGCUUUUCGUUUAUUCCACUCGCACACGCGGCGAACACGCGCUUACGCAAAUUACGCCGUAUCCACCGUGUGUGAUACUCAUCGGCUUCUCACAGCGCUGAGUAUCAACGUAGAGGAGAGGAGGAAAAUAGUCGGAAUCGAAUUCCGGACGCGGAAAAGCAAUGUGCCGAAUAUCAAAAGUUCACAGCUCUGACGACCUCGAGAUGAAGAUGCACCCGCGCGCGAUUCUCGGGGAAGUUACGAAUACACUAUAAGAUCGUAUAUAUUACGGAUUAUAAUGGCGAAUACUCGAAAACAAGUACGAUAGUGUUCAAGACGACGAUAACUUGGCGAUGACGAAAAGAAAGUUUGUUGUACGGUCGCGUUGAGUCGAGACUAAUGCCGUCUCGAGAUACAUCAAGCUUACAUUAAUUUACGCCUUUGCGGUAGAUGCUCAAACAUAAUGCAUAAUCGUUUUGUCCUGCGAAGAGGCGGAUCUAAACAGCGAGAUAAGAUAUGAACGAUAUAGCCGAAUCCUGCUGUACGGCUUUGCCAGCUUGCAAAAGCGAUCAUUCGUCGUGACGACAAGGAGGCGUUUGCGGAUCAAUUCUGGUACGACGAUGCAACCGUCCUGCGUCUGUUCUGUGCGACGGUUGUACGGCGAAAAGUUAUAAUUACUACCUCGCGAUUAUACCAAAGGUAUACGAUGUGAUCGUCCGAUGUAUGUACGAAGAACGUUAUCAGGUAUAUCGCUCGUUAAACGUGUUUAACGAUCCUUCUAACGCAUUUCGCAUACACACAUACACACAGAAACAAGGCGAACCAUCGUGUAGUAUAAUUAAUAUAUAUUUAGAUACGAUAUUCAUGCUCCUGUUGAAUUUCUUUCUUAUCGCAAAGACGCGCGUCUUGCCGGAGCGUCGCGUGCUGUUACGAAAAGCGAGAAUAGUUCAUCUUGCAAAACUCCGAGUGACGGUCAUAAUGUUUCGGGAGAAUCGUGAAUAUCGAAAUUUACCGUGCGAUCCCGAUAUGAGAACCGAUGCACCCGAUAAUUUUAUUCGCUUCCUAUUGUGCACCUAUAAAUGACAUCAGUCGCAAUACGCUCCACUCUCUGAGAAGAAUUUUUAGCCUCCAUCUUCGGAUUCGACGUUCGCACGGGUGCAUCCGGUGAGAUUAGGUGUCCUAUUUUUCUACAUUGUAUAUUCUGAUCGUUGUGUACUGUAUAAGAUACCGAGCACGCGCAUGAAAAGCGCUCAAGGUAUGUUUUCUGGUGCCUCGGAAAACGGGACAAAGGCUCCGACACCUUUGCGCUUUUCGUCGCGCGUUAACGUCUGAGGAUUUAAUGCAAAUACGCGGAGUAAUGUUAAUCGACAUGAUACGCAAUCGGAAAUAACAUAACGAACGUAAUUGACUCCUUCUUCGUUUUAAUUAUUCGCUGUAAAAAUUGUUUUACAUACUUCUCAAAAUAAAAUAACAUGUCGUUUAUAACA